AUGCAGCCCGCGAAGCCCCAGACCACCUCUUCGAGCCAAACUUCCUGGCUCUCCCCCCCCCUCCUGGGGGCCCCCACUGCCUCCCAACAAACCUCCCUCGGAGCCGUCAUGGAGGGGCCCCUGGAGUACCGCGUUAUGCUCACUCCGGCCUUUGCGGAGGAGUUGAUAGCCCACGGCCACGCGGUGUACUUCCAGUCCGGCUUCGCGGCCCGCGCCGGCUUCCCCGACCAGCUGUACAUACAGGCCGGCGCUCAGCAGUGCGCCACCAAAGAGCAGGUUUACCAAAACGCCAACAUCAUGCUGCUCGUCCGUCCCCUUUUGCUGCUGCUGCUGCAGCCUUUUGCUGCUCUUGCUGCAGCCUUUUGCUGCUCUUGCUGCAGCCGUUUGCUGCUGUUGGUUCAGCCUUUUGCUGCUGUUGGUUCACGCUUUUGCUGCUCUCGGUUCACGCUUUUGCUGCUGUUGGUUCGGGGGUUUGCUGCUGUUGGUUCAGGGUUUUGCUGCUGUUGGUUCAUGCUUUUGCUGCUGUUGGUUGAGGGUUUUGCUGCUGUUGGUUCAGGGUUUUGCUGCUGUUGGUUCAGGGUUUUGCUGCUGUUGGUUCAGGGUUUUGCUGCUGUUCAGUGUUUUGCUGCUGUAUUUGCUGUUCGCGCUGUUCCGCGGUGUCUGUACACCCCGGGCCCGCGUCGGGUGUACGUACACCUGGGGCGCAUGCGUCGGGUGUACGUACACCUGGGGCGCAUGCACGCAUGCAUGCACGCACGCGUGCACGCAUGCAUGCAUGCAUGCAUGCGUGCAUGCAUGCAUGCAUGCAUGGAUGCAUGCGGGUUUGUGUUGCAGGUGAACCCCCCCAGCACGGAGGAGUACAAGUACAUUCGUCGUGAGCAGGUGUUGUUUAGUUUUGUGCCGUUUGCUGCGACCGCGCAGCAGCAGCAGCAGCAGCGGGAGCUGCUGCAGGCGCUGGCAGCAGCAGCAGCAACGCUGAUCUGCUACAGCAGCCUCGUGAGCAGCAGCAACCCCACCUUCGCCCCCGUCCACUACGCAGUCUGCUGCACUGCUGCGUACUUGGGGGUGCAGCAAGCAGCAAACUUGUUGGCCAACUCCGAGGGUUUAGUGUUUGGCCAGACCCCGGGGGCCCCCCCCACCUCAGUGUUGGUGCUGGGGGGGGGCCCCUGUGGGGCCCGUGCUGCAGCAGUUGCUGCAGCAGCAGGGGCGCAGGUGACAGUGAUGGACUCGGACUUGGCGCUGCUGAGCCGCCUCAGCAGCAGCAGCAGCAGCAGCAGCAGUGUACGUACACUGCAGUACUCCCAGGCCAACCUGGAGGCCAUCCUGCCCUCCACCCAGGUGGUCUUUGGCUGCGCAAUUCCAGCAGCAGGAAGGGCCCCCGUGCUGCUGUCGGAGCAGCAGCAGCAGCUGCUGCCAGCAGGCGCUGCUGCAGUGGACCUUGCUGCUGCAGCAGGCGGCAACUUUGCUGCUACGAAGCCGGGCUCGAUCGAAAGCCCCACUUACAGCAGCAACGGCAGGUGUAUGUACACCGCAACCAACAUCUGCUGCCUCGCUCCCAAGAGCUCUUCUCUUUCCAUUUCGCAUGCAGCAAUGCCUUUCGUGCUGCAGCUAGCUAGCCGGGGCUGGAAGGCAGCAGUGCUGCAGUUCGUGGGGCUGCAGCAGGGGCUGUUUGUUGCUGCUGGCUGCUGCACCAGCGCCUUCCUCGCCGCGGCCACCGGGUGUACGUACACCCCAGUCGAACAGCUGCUGCAGCACGAAAUCCAGCAACUCCCGCAGCAGCAAACUGCCAUUGCGCAGCUCAAGCAGCAGCUCAGCACCUUCAGGGGGCAGCAGCAGCAGGGCGCUUCCUUCACUGUCGAGGCCUGA